GUUAUGGUUAUAAACCGGUUGGGCAGGUGCAUAGGAAGUGUUCACUAUCACUAUUAACUUCUCUUACCUGUACCAGGUGAGGCUACAUAAAAGUCUACUUAAACUUCGAGAAGUCCCCGAUCCUGGCGAAUAAAGUCCUUUUUUGGUAAAAUGAAUAACCCUAUUCCUGCUAACCUCAAGUCUGAGGCCAAGAAGGCCGGCAAGAUCCUUAGAGAGUUCACGGAAAUAUCCAACAGAAUGGGACCUGACAAACUUAUUCCAGCUCAUGUCAUUGCCAAGGCUCAGGGACUGGCCAUCUUGUCAGUCUUCAAAGCAGGUUUCAUGAUCACUGCGAGGGGCGGCAGCGGGAUUGUGAUCGCAAGACUCGCUGAUGGAAGAUGGUCUGCUCCUUCAGCAAUUGGCAUUGCUGGACUCGGUGGAGGAUUUGAAAUUGGUCUGGAGUCAUCAGAUUUUGUCAUCAUCUUGAAUCAGAGGAGAGCUGUGGAUGCUUUUAGUAAAGGAGGGAAUCUUACACUUGGAGGAAACUGCACUGUGGCUGUUGGGCCUCUUGGCAGGAAUUUGGAGGCAGAUGUGGCAUUUCGCAGUACAGCGGCUGUCUACUCGUACUGCAAAUCUCGUGGCCUUUACGCUGGAGUGUCUCUCGUCGGUUCUUAUCUCAUUGAGCGCAAAGAAACCAACCGAAAGUUCUAUGGCCAAGACAUUCGUGCUUCUGCUAUUCUCAAUGGAGAUGUGGAACCCCCACCUGAAGCGUAUGAUUUGUACACCAUUUUGCAGGACUACACUGAGAAGUACACCACCGACUGGCAGAACAAACACAUGCCAGCUUCAAGCAAGAUGAGUUCAGCACCAUCUAGACCAAGGCCUCCCACACAGAGAGCUGCCUCCUCUGCCUACACACCCAGGACUCAAGCUCCUGCAUCUGUGAAGCCAGUUCUUUAUCCGAGCUUAGACAGCUGGGAUGAUGAAAGCUCAGGUCAAGCGUCAGGCGGCGCUCUAGUGGUCACAGCUGUGCACCCGUUCAGCGGCCAGCAGCCCGGGGAUCUGAGCUUCGCUGUCGGAGACCGCAUCACUGUUAUCACCAAAACUGAGUCCCAGUACGACUGGUGGGAGGGAGAACUACGAGGGCAGGUUGGGAUCUUCCCAGCCAAUUUUGUGUCCUAUAGCUGAAGUACUUAAGAUGCCAAAGUAAAGCUCAACUUGAUGACAAAUGUUGUCUGGCAUUGGCGGGGCCUUUUCUUUUGCACAGUUUGAAAUGAAGUUGGUGUGUAUUUUUAGGAGCACUAGAUGUCAGUGUUCCUCUCACGGGUUGUAUGAAGGGAUAACAGGUGUUUUUCAAUAUAAUUAUUUUGUCCUAUUUUUUUUUUUUUGUUCCGUUUGAUUAUGUGGGUUGACUAGUAAAAUGUUCCCUUUUUUAUAGAUACACCUGUAUAUAUAUAUUUUAAUCAUGUUAUAGUCUAGGAUUGCAUUGGAAUACAGUUAUGCUGUUUUAUGCAGACACAGUAAUUAUCACUUGAACACCUAAAAAGUGGCAUUGUGGUAUUUUAAGUGCAGUUGCUCCAGGUAUUUGAAACAUGAUAGUGGUUUGCCAUCGGCAUGUUGUGCCACUUUUUUCUCUGAUCACAAAAGUGAGCAGUUGUUGCAUACAAAUGUUACUACAAACUAUAAGCUUUAAAAAUGGUUCUGAAACCUAUAGAGAUGCCUUAUUUAAAGUGUUAUGAACUGUAAACUUUUACUUUUACACCUCUGACUUGAUCUGUUACUUUGAAAAUGUUUGUUUUUUAACGAAGUGGGAUUGCUUUCUAUGCUAUAAUUUAAUUUAUUGCUCUUUGCACAUAUGUUAAUUAAUCAUGAAUGAUUGUUUUCCUAUUGGUUUUGAAUGUAUAUACGUUCUAAUAAAGAUAAUUUCCUACAUUUUUAACUUCUA